AUGCCGCGCUGGCUGCCUCUUCCCUCGAUUCCGUAUCCGCCGGAAAAGGUGGGAUACUGGGGCCCUAUCACCUCGACGUUGAACUGGUGUGAGGAGGACUACUAUGCGACCGUGUAUUCCGCUGAGAUCGUGAAUGCUUUGACAAAUCUCAUGUUCAUGUGGCUGGGGGUCAAAGGUAUCCGGAACUGCCGACGAUAUGGCCAUGAUUCUAUCUUCUCGGUGGCCUACUGCGGCUAUCUAGUGGUGGGAGCGGGCAGCUUUCUCUUCCACUCGACAUUAAAAUAUCCUAUGCAGCUAGUCGACGAACUUUCUAUGAUCUAUACCACCUGUUUGAUGUGCUACGCCUCGUUCUCGUACUCGAGGUCGUUCACCGUCCGGCUUGCCCUUGCCGUUUUUCUGACAGGGCUCGCGGUGUUCAUCACCCUCUACUACCAUUACCUCCAGGACCCGGUGUUUCAUCAAAACGCCUACGCCCUCUUGACUACUGUAGUUGUCCUGCGCAGCAUGUUCACCAUGGAGGCGACCCUGCGUCCAUCGUUGCGUCAUUCCACCGAGGCGGACCGUUUGAUGCGGCAGAGGCAGGGCCUCCCCGUGCCGAGUAAGGAACGGCAGAGCUACGAGAAUGAACGUGACUUGAAAAUCCUCAGGAGCAUGUGGUUCAUGGUCGCCUAUGGGCUGAGCAUGUUUCUGGGCGGCUUCGCGAUCUGGAAUCUCGACAACCAUUUCUGUAGUACACUCCGUGUGUGGCGCCGCACGAUCGGGUUACCGUGGGGGAUUGCCUUAGAGGGACAUGGCUGGUGGCAUCUCAUGACCGGAAUGGGCGCCUACCUGUAUAUUAUCUGGGGCAUAUGGCUGCGCCACUGCCUGAACAACCAGCAAGAGGAAUAUUACCUGUGGUGGCCGCAUUUUUGGAACUUCCCGGAGAUCAUCCGGAAAGGAUCCGGCGAGAAUACUAUCCAGGACACCGAACAAGCCAAGAAGUCUCGUUGA